UUGGACAGAUCGUUUCACAUGAACAUUGAACGCACAGAGCUGUUCUUUAGUUUCGAAGUCUAAUUUUCCGCGUUGUGCUGUUUGUUUAUCGUGGUCGAUUUUGUUUUAACCCUCGUUGAUUGAGAUGGCGACACCAAAAUGCGGUCCGUCUGUCAUAAAACGCGAAAACAUCCUGGUUUACGCCAGGGUGAGACCAAUGAACGAGAAGGAGCGUCUAGAACGGAAGAAUAUGAAUGUGGUGGAGCUGAAGAGCAACCGUGAAGUGGUGGUUCGCGACCGUGCCAACCACACCUUAACCAGGACCUUUGCCUUCGAUAGGGCGUUUGGCCCGACAAGCAAGCAGGUCGAUGUCUACAAGGCUGUGGCUCAACCCAUGAUUGCCGAGGUGUUGGAGGGCUACAACUGCACCAUCUUCGCCUAUGGCCAAACAGGAACAGGCAAGACCUUCACGAUGGAAGGAGAACGUGCUGACAAUGAUGCUACCUGGGAGAAGCUCUAUUUCCAGGACCCCCUUUGCGGCCUGGUUCCUCGAGUUCUGAGCCAUAUGUUUGAUGAACUGCGAUUGAAAAAUAUUGAGUUCACGAUGGCUGUCAGUUACCUGGAGCUGUACAAUGAAGAGCUAAUUGAUUUGCUAUCGCCUGAGGAAGACAACUCAAAGCUCAAACUCUUUGAGGAUGCCAGCAGCAAAGGGUCUGUGAUUGUGCAGGGGCUAACUGAUGUCAGGGUUUUGGACAAGAAGCAAGUCUAUGAAAUCCUGUCCAGAGGAUCUAAAAAGAGACAGACGGCUGCCACUUUUAUGAACGCAAGUUCCAGCCGUUCUCACACCAUCUUCACUGUGACCAUUCACAUUCGAGAGCCGACAGAAGCCGGCGAGGACCUGAUUCGCACUGGAAAAAUCAACCUGGUCGAUCUGGCCGGCUCUGAGAAUAUCAGUCGGUCUGGUGCGACGAACCAGAGGGCCAAGGAGGCUGGCAACAUCAACCAGAGUCUGCUGACCUUAGGCCGAGUGAUCACCUCUCUAGUCGAGAAGACUCCGCAUGUACCCUACCGUGAGUCAAAGCUGACCCGACUGCUGCAGGACUCCUUGGGUGGCAAGACCAAGACAGCAAUUGUUGCCACCGUGUCCCCUGUGCUGGCCAACCUUGAGGAGACUCUCAGCACCCUGGAUUAUGCUCACAGGGCUAAGAGCAUCACCAACAGACCACAGAUCAACCAACGCCUCUCGAAGCAAGCGUUCAUCAAAGAGUAUGACCAAGAGAUCGAGCGCCUCCGCAAGGAUCUGAUGGCCCAGCGAUUGGGAUCAGGAAUCUACGUUGAUCCAGAAAACUACCGUGAGAUGGAGGAAAAAAUCGUCCGCCUGGACGUGGAGGUGUUGGAGAAAAUCCAAAAUAUCAGAGCGCUUGAGGAAGAGCGAGAAAAGAGAGAGGCGCACAUGACUCAGCUGACAGAGCAACUGCACAGAACCGAGACUACCCUGAUGAUCACUGAGAAAACCCUGGUGGAAAAGGAAGUUCUGCUAGAGAACCACAUCAACACGGAGGAGAACCUCAAGGUGGAGACCAACCAGCUGAUUGAGGUCACCGACGCGACGACCAGCGAUUUGGCGAAGACACAUGACGCCCUUCUCAGAAGACAGAGGCUGGAGAUGGAGAAUCAGACCGUCACCGGAGCCUUCUCUGCCCAACUGAAUCGCCAGGUGCAAGAGGGAAAGCUCUCCCUUGAGGAGAGCUGCUCUGCUCAUGAGCAUCAUUUAGCCAACAUCGCCAAUGGCAUUUCCCAGUCUGGUCAACUGCAGUCUGAGAUGUCUGCUCUCUUCUCAUCUCGAGUCGCUGCCAUCAGGGAGCAGUUCAUGUUCAAGCAGAUGAAUCAGCUAUUCCAUAUGCACCACGAGCGGAUGGUAGACCUUGAGCGUCAAGCUGUCCAGCUUGCUGACUCGAAUUGUGAGAACAUUUUGCGGAUGCUCAUGAACCUCGUGGCUCAGCAGCAAGAACAACUGGCGCAGGCCAGUCUCGAAAAGUUGCGCGAAAAUCUCACUCUGCACUACAAGAUGGCCGAUGCCACUGUUGCUGAUAUCUAUACAGGCUGCAUUGAUCAAAUGACGGCCAGGGAAAAAGAUCUUCAAGGAGAACUCCUGUCUGUGAAAUCUAAGGCGGAAAACCUGGAGUUGGAAUUGGCAGCCGCAAAAAAGAAGAUUGAGCAGCUGCAAGCCAACAUUGUCAGCAGCAGGACUUCAUCAAAUACAAAUUACCAAGACAUAUCUGCCUUUCUACAGGAGGUUUUGGAGAAAACAAAACAGAAGUUGUCCACUGCCUGCCAACAGAAUGAAGAGAACCAUGACCAGCUAGGGGACCAGCUUCAAUUUGUCUCCAAUGAUAUGGAGCUGCACAUCCAGGAAGCAUAUGUGAUGAAACACGAGGCUGAAGCUUGUGCCAAAAGAAGCAGUGCGUGGACCACCUCCACCAUUGACUUUCUCUCAAAAAGCAAGGAGGAAUCUCACUUGAACAUGCUCAGAGAAGCCAGCAUGGCUGAUGAAGAGGUUCAAGCCGCCAACGCUGUGCUGACCGAGGUUUCCGAGUCAGUCGUUGCCCAAGGCCAAGAACUGGAAACUGCCAUCAAUGAAGGAGGGGCUGCCCUGGUCGCCUCUUCCAAGAAGAGGGCCGACACCAGGCAAGAGCAGCUCGUGGCCCAGGAAACUCUCCUCAGACAGACGGAGACAGGAAUGGCAGCUGCAGCGGCCGACGCGAUCGCUGCAGCGGAGGAAAAGAAGGCCCAGAUGGAGCAGCAGUUAGCUGAGAGUGUUCUUGAGGUUGAGGCCACACGAAAGGCAACCUGCGAGGCAAAGGCUGCCGUGAGCAGAAACCUGGAUGCCGUGCAGAGCAGCGUGGACAAGUUCCUGGCCUCUGAUCUACAGAAAUACGCACCGACUGGCGCCACGCCUGCUAAGCAGGACAGGGAUUACCCGAGGGAACUCAAAUUCUCAUCACCUGCACCAAGGGUCCUUGCUCGCUUCUACGCCAACCAGCAGAACAGACCUAGAGAGCGCCAGGAUAGCGGAGUAACAUCGCCUGACGGCUCUCCCAUAUCCAGCAAGACCUCGAACCACGAGAAUGAAGCUCAGGAUGUUCUGGAUGCUGUUGACAUGCCAAAGAAGACAGAGCAAAUUCGAGACAGCAGAAGAAUACUUGGGUCAAGAAACUAACAACACUUAAACUAGUAUUUUUCGAAUCAUGUGCUUUCAAUAAGAAUGAUGUACCUCUAAUUUUAUUUAUAUAACUCAUUUUUAUCUAAUGAAUGGUUAUAAACCUUAUGAACCUCUGCUUACUUUUACUAAUUAAACGAGAACAGUUAGAAACUUAAGUAUGUCUAUAAAUAUUCUUAUGAUGCUGAACGCAGCAAAUCUCUGUAUAACCUGGAUUUAUCUUUAUUGUUUGAAUAACUCAUCUUAGACAGUUAUUUGAUCAUCACUCUAAAACUUAAUUUUAAUCUUGUGGUUUAAAUGUAAAGGUCGGUCGUGGAGUGGCUUAUAAAAAUCUUAAGAAAAUUCUGUGAAUAAAUAUGUAACAAAGUAUUUUUCAUUAA